CAAAACCGGGCCCCUCAUGCCCAUCCCCAAGCGAUGCCGGCAUUCCCCGCCCCAGUUACCCCCACGCCUCCGCGGGAAGAAGCAGAACCGUCCCCGCCCGGGCCGGGAGCGCACCUGUAAUUGUAGCUGCUGAAGCGCUGGCUCUCCCGCAGCAGGGCCCGGUACAACCGCAGCACCUGGGCCCGGCUGGACGCUGCCAUGUUGCCGACACCAGCCAGUCCCUGAAGAGAAGAAACAUAGCCCUGACUAAAGCUAAGGGGCAAAGGAAGCUGAACUGAGAAAAGAUUACCUCUGCUUGUGGAUCAUAAGAGUUUACAAUGGCAAUGCUCUGGAAAUUCAUGAGGGUAGCUAAGUAUUCUAAAACAGCUUUGCCACCAACAGUGAAGAUAAGAGGAAUUCCCACCCAUUUGAGGCAUUCUUCGUCCAAGUCUGUACCUUCAGAAUUUGCUGCCUGCACACCCUGCUCAAAUACUGUGGAGCUGCUUGGUAAAACUUAUGCUCAAGAUGAGUACAGCAAUGUCACAGAGAAGAUUCUUUCCAAGGUGGGGAAGAACUUGCACAACAAAAAGCAUCAUCCUUUGUGGCUAAUCAAGGAGCAGAUAAAGGACCACUUCUACAAACAAUAUGUAGGACGCCGUGGGAAUCCGCUUUUUUCUGUCUAUGAUGGUCUUUCUCCUGUGGUUACAGUACAGCAGAAUUUUGACAGUUUGCUUAUCCCACAAAACCAUGCCAGCAGAAGUAAAGAGGAUAACUACUACUUGAAUCGUGGUCACAUGCUAAGAGCACAUACAUCAGCUCAUCAGUGGGACUUGAUACACUCUGGCCUAGAUGCCUUUCUGGCAGUGGGAGAUGUCUACCGCCGUGAUACAAUUGAUAACACCCACUACCCAGUCUUCCAUCAGAUGGAAGGAGUUCGGCUCUUCUCCUGUCAUGAGCUGUUCUCCAACAUUGCGGAUGGUGAAGGCUUGCAGUUGUUUGAGCAAGGUCAUCGCACUGCACACAAGCAAGAGUGUCACACCAUGGAGGCAGUGAGGCUGGUGGAGUUCAACCUGAAGCAAGUGCUCACAAAGCUCAUGACUCACAUCUUUGGUGAUGGUCUGCAAGUCAGAUGGGUAGACUGCUACUUUCCGUUUACUCACCCUUCCUUUGAGAUGGAGAUCAACUUCCAGGGAGAAUGGAUGGAGGUCCUGGGCUGCGGGGUCAUGGAGCAACAGCUAGUUAACUCAGCUGGUGCUCGGGAUAAAAUUGGCUGGGCAUUUGGCUUGGGUUUGGAGAGGCUGGCCAUGAUCCUGUACAAUAUCCCUGACAUUCGACUGUUCUGGAGUGAAGAUGAACGCUUCUUGAAACAGUUUGUUGUGCCUCACAUUUGGCAAAAAAUAAAAUUCCAGCCACUCAGCAAAUAUCCACCUUUGAUCAAUGACAUCUCCUUUUGGCUACCUUCUGAGACAUACUCCAAGAAUGAUUUCUAUGAAUUGGUUCGAACCAUUGGUGGAGACCUGAUAGAAAAGGUUGUCCUAGUAGAUGAAUUUACGCAUCCAAAGACAAAGAAGGUCAGCCAUUGCUACCGGAUCAUUUACCGCCACCCAGAGAAGACUUUAACACAGGGCGAGGUGCAUCGCGUCCAUCAAGCUAUUGAAGAAUCAGUAGUUCGAGAACUUGGGGUUGAGGGCAGGUUCUAGCAUCACUGCUCAGAAGCUCUAAUGACAGUUACAAUUUCCUUUUUUCUUUUUUUUCUUUUUGGGGUUGGGUGGUGCAAGUAAAGAGAGGACUUUUGUGACUAAUCCUAGCACAUGGAAAAACAAUUGAUAGAUGGGCAAUGGUAAAACUACCAGAUAAUAAACAUGACUACCAAGAAA